GAGCAGAAUUCAGCUCCCAGUUAGAGUCCUGCUGGGAGCCACGGGGGAGCUGGAGGGGGCAGUUUUCCAGCAGCCAGAGCUGGGAGCAGGAACCAGAGGGAUUUGGGGGGACUGGAGUGAGGGAGACGCAAACUCCACCUGGGAAAAGCAGGGGGUGUUCCCACACCACAGGCAUUUCUCUCCAGCCCUCUCUUCCCCUUCCCAUGCAGGGAGGUAUGUGCAAGCACCCCCUGCCCUUGCCAAUGACCCCAUUGGACCAAAAUCCUCGUGUUUUUUGAUUGUUUUGUUUGUUUUGUUUGUUUUCCCUCCCUGCAUGCCCCAGGCUGAACAGUGCUCAGCAAGCCCAGUGGCAAACCGUGGCCAUCUCCUGCCCCAGUGACUCAUGCCCAGGUGACAUCUGGCAGGUGACAGGGCACUGCUCCUGCCUUGCCCUCCUCCUUCAGCCCACGCUGGCGCUGAGUCGAAGGAGCACUCGGGGCUUGCUGCCAGCCCGAGCUCCCCGCUGGGGCCGUGGGGGUUUCCAGGCCACGAACUCACCUGAGGGGCGCCCCAGCAUGGCGCAGGCAAGGCAAAGCCGGGCUCUCAUCAUCGUCAACACCGACUUCUGCAGCAGUGCCGGCGAGGAGGCGCUCGGGGCCCGGAGAGGAGCCAAGAGGGAAGCGGAGAAGCUUUCAAAGGCGCUCUCAGAGCUCAACUACGAGGUGAAACUGAUGCACAACAGGACAGCCAAAGAGAUGGAGGACCUUUACCAGCAAGAGUGCAGCCACAAGCACGGGGAUUUCUUCGUGAGCAUCAUCUCCAGCCACGGGGAGGAGGGGGCCGUAUUCGGCUCUGACUGCAAGCCGCUUAAGCUGACCCGGAUCUUCCAGGUUUUGUCACCGCAGAAUUGCCCGGUGCUCGCCGAAAGACCUAAAGUCUUCUUUAUCCAGGCCUGCCGGGGGGACGCGCUGGACCAGGGGGUGUUCUUGGAGACUGACGGCGGGCAGCCGGAGCCAUGCAGCUUCUCGGACUACCUCCGCAUCCCUCCCAACACCGCCGUCAUGUUCGCCUGCAGCCCGGGCUACGGGGCCUUCCUGAACCUCUCGGGAUCCAGGUUCCUGCAGGCGCUGCUCAGGGCGCUGGACGGGGAGGAGCGGGGCCUGGCCCUCGGCCGCCUGGCCACCCGGCUCAACAGGGACGUGGCCCUUCGCUUCCAGGCCCGGGGCACCUACAAGGGCUGCAUGCAGAUGCCCUGCUUCGUCACCAACCUGACGCGGGAGGUCUUCCCCUUCUCGGCCACGUCUGAGAGCUGCCAGCUCCUUCCCGGCCCGGCUCUGCAAAGAGGGCCAGAGGAGGAAGAGCGGCAGUCUGGCUGCAAGAAGUCCCCGGCUACGUAGAAGGGGAAAAAAGGAGAAGUUGUGGGAAAAACAGCAGAAAGCCCUCUGAGAAGGUGACCUGGGGUGUGCCAGAACUGCCUGGGGGAGUAGCACCAGGAAGGUCUGGGGCAGAUCCUUCCCAUGUUGGAGGGAACAGGGUCUGAGAGCAGGGCUGCCCAAAUGACGCCCGUGACAGCAGCCCCAAGCCCAGCACGGCUCCAGCAGGGCUCUGGGACCUGCUCAGCCCCCGACCUUCUCCCACAGAGGAGCUCCAGCACCGUGAACGCAAUCUUAUCUCAGUAAACCUGCACAGGCCAUGGGUCGUGGGCUUUUUCCUUACAGAGGAAAAGCAGAUGUUUACCUGCCCUACCCACAAUGAAAAUACUGCUGCUGCGGUGUAAAGAUCACCCCGGGCUCGAGCUGUUUGUUCAUGAGGCUGCUUCUCGCUCAAGGCUUUAAAAAAUGAGGAGGGUGCUCAGCGGGACUCGCAGGCUGGAGGUUAAUUUGGGAUGGGGGUCGGGGUGCGGAUUUGGGAGCUCUGCUCAAGGCAGGGCUCAGUUCACGGCUGAGAACUGGCUCUUCACAAGCCUCCUGGUUCCACGGGAUGAGCACAGGCUGGGCUGGGACACCCCACGGGACCGAGGUGCUUGCUCAGCCUGCUCCUCCUGCCCGUUCCUGGGUGCCUGAGGCCCUGCAGCAGGCAGGGGAUGCCCCCACCCGCGCCCCAGGGCUGAGCAGAUUUGUGCUCGCAUGGUAACUCCGUGCCACCUCCACCCCGUGCCGCCUCCACCCCGAGGGCCUCUCGCAGAAAACCCAGCCAUAUCGGCAUUUCUCAGCUUAGUCCUGCAUAACUGGGCUCCAGUAAACAGAGCCCUGCCCAGCUCGCAGAUAAUUUGUGUUUCGCUGAGCAUUUUGCCCUCUCCUGGACUUUGAGACCUCCGUGGGCGUGCGGUGCCGCUGCCCUGACACAACCUCACGCUCAGCACUCACCUGGGUCUUGGGUCCCCACGUCACCGCCUCAUGUCAAGGGACCUGCU